UUCGCAGUCUGCUCCCGGAUUUGUGGCGCCGCUCCGGGUUUUGGCUGCUGCCUCGCCAGUGCAUCGGCGCUUCGCCUCGGGGACUGCUCGGAUCCGGGAGAGACGAAGCGAAGCCGGGAUCGGGCCCAAGCGCGGCCCCGCAGCGGCGCAGUCUGAUCCGGCCUGGGGCCGGCUUUCCUAGUGAGGGGCCUUCAGCCUGCAUCUUCCACCCCCCGCCCCCUCCACCUCCAGCCGCUGUCGGAGGCGACCCUCGGUGCCGGGGGUGGUGAGAUGGCCGCGAUCCGGUGAAGGCGGGGGGAGCCGCUCCGCUCCGGGGCCUCAGCCCUGUCCCCGGGGCCUCCGCCGGGACCCGCGCCGUGUCGAUGAGUCUGGAGCCUGGUUGCCUUCCCCGGGCAAUGAUGUACUCACACCGAAGGAGAAGUUGUGAGGACAGUACAGUAAGGACCUAACACACCGGCACUAGACCAGGCAACUGAGAAGAGAAAGGAAUCUUUUCACAGGGAAGGUGAAUCUAAGAUGUCCUUAAGCAGCAGCAGUACAGCGGGGAAAGGUGUGGAUUCGAAUGCUGUUGAUGCCUACGACAGUGGGGAUGAGUGGGAUAUCGGAGUUGGGAAUUUAAUCAUUGACUUGGACGCAGACUUGGAAAAAGACCAGCAGAAAAUGGAGAUGUCUGGAUCAAAAGAUGGGAGCAUCCCAGUGCCAAGUGCUGUGGCAGCUCUCCCAGAGAAUAUCAAGUUUGUCACUCCAGUUCAAGCACCUCAGACCAAGGAGAGCAAAUCUAAGGCAAAAAGGAGCAAAAAUGCAAAGGAAGGGAGUAAAUCUGUGUCUGCUGCUUCUCUUUACACUGUGGGAGAAUCAGGAAAUGGGAAGAAAGAAAUGCAGGCGAGAUCUGCUGAUAUAGCAAAUCCCAGUGGACUGGGGUCAUCCAACAGCACGUCCAAAGGAUCAGAAAAGGGCUCAAAGACUGUUCGGAAUGGAGCUGGAUCGAAAAAGGAGAAAGAGGGUGGAUCCAGCAAAAGUAAAAAAGAUAAAGGCGAGAGCAGCGGAGGUGUGCAUCCGCCUCCUGGGAGCGAUCCCAGUGGUGCACAGCAACUCGGGUUGGGGUCAGGGACAAAGGGCAGCUCAUUUGAAUGUGCUCAGAGCACAAGCUGCCCAGAUGGGGCUACCGUUCAAGUGCUGGAUUUGGGAAACACACCACUAGAUAGCAACAGUAUUUCCAACCUUCUGGGAAUUAAAACAGAAACAGAAGAGGUUGAGAGUGAGUGUCGACCGCUGAAGAAGAUCAAAACGGAGAAGAUGGACUCUCCUGCCUCCACGCCAGCCCCUCCACCCCUUCAUCUCCUACCACCCGUGAACAGUGGGGUAGCCUCUCCUGUGGAGCAGAUCAUGGUCCGCACACGCUCGAUUGCAGUCAAUACCUGUGACGUUGGACUUGCGACUGAGCCUGAAUGCUUAGGACCUUGUGAGCCAGGGACAAGUGUCAAUCUUGAAGGGAUUGUCUGGCAGGAAACAGAAGACGGUGUCCUGGUGGUUAAUGUGACUUGGCGAAACAAGACCUAUGUUGGAACCCUUUUGGACUGCACAAGACAUGAUUGGGCACCGCCAAGGUUUUGUGAAUCACCAACAAGUGACCUUGAGAUGAAAGGAAACAACCGAGGGAGGGGGAAACGAGUACGGCCCAGUACAAAUGCUCCAGUGACCGAGGCCACUGUGGUUCCGGAUACCAAGGUGAUCAACAAGACUCGGGCAUGUACAAGCAGCAAGGGACGUCGGGGCAGCCAGAACUCCUCUGACAGGCGUACCCCCACAAAUACUGUUGAAGAUGUCAAGGCAAGUCCUUCAGCAGGAAACAAGCGGAAAAAUAAGCCUGCUCCAGAUUUGGAUUUGACCUCGAGCUCUGAGGAUUCAAAGGGAGGGAAAAGGAUGCGUUCGAAUUCACGUGGAGCUGUCACCCCAACCCCUGUCAUGGUGGUGAAGCCUGAGGCGUCAGUGCCUGAGCACAACUGUCCAUCACCUGUCCUUAUUGACUGCCCCCACCCUAACUGCAACAAGAAAUACAAACACAUCAAUGGGCUUCGGUACCACCAGGCUCAUGCACAUACAGAUAGUGACGGUAAGAUCGAGGGUGACAUUGACAGUGAGGAAAAGAACUCCGAUGGCGAGGAUUGCACCCAACACCCGUCACUGAGCCAGGAUUCCAGUAGCUGUAAUGGUUCUUCCAGCUCUCACACGUUUUGCCAGUCAAAGGGCUCCAUGUCACCAGCUCAGUCUGUCACGCCAAAAAGCAGGAGGGAAGGCAGCAUGGAGGCCCACAGCCCUUCCCCCACUGUGAAGCUUGGAAUCACAAAGAGCUCCAGUAAAAAGAAAGCCCCUUCAGAGGCUGAUGCUGAAUCCGGUGGGUUGUACAAUGUCGACUGUCCGGAAGAAGGACUUCCGGUUGCCAGCCCGAGUGAUGACACAGGAAACGAUGGAGAUGACUCCACUGGAAAAAAAUCAGCCUUGGAAAAGGAUAAAGCCAAGAAAUCGAGUGGUUCCAAAUCGGAAAAGCUCCCUCUGAAAACAAAGUCAGCCAGGCCUAUUGUCCCUGCCAUGACACCAGCGCAGAUGUACAGUUUCUCUACUGCCACGUUUACUGCAUCAGGCUCGGGACCCACUCCCGGUUUGGCUCCCACUGUUGUGCAGGCAAUGUCCAAGAGCCCGCCCCUCAAACCCAUUCAACCCAAGCCCACUGUCAUGGGCGAGCCAUCUACGGUAAACCCAGCACUCACACCCUUGAAGGAGAAGAAGAAAAAGGAGAAGAAGAAGAAGGAUGCCAAGGAGGCAGUGAGCCCCAAGCCACUGGGCAAAGUGGGAAAGCCAGAAGAUGGUAAAAGCCCUUUUCGAGAUUCCGCUGCUGAUUCCACGCCCAAAAGUGAGGGGCUCUUGAAUGGGUCUUCCGAGUCGCAUGAAAGCCGCUUGGCGAGUAUCAAAGCCGAGGCGGACAAAAUCUACAGUUUCACUGACAAUGCGCCGAGUCCAUCCAUUGGAACGGCCAGCAGGUUGGAAGGCACUGGCCUGGUCACGCCUAUAACACCCUUGCACGUGGUGACACAGAAUGGAGCCGACAGCUCCUCAGUGAAAACCAACAGUCCAGCAUAUUCUGAUAUCUCUGAUGCAGGAGAAGAUGGAGAAGGAAAAGGAGAUGGAACAAAAGUUAAAGCAUCAUCUCCAGACCAGGUGGCCAAGGAAAGUGCCAAGAAAGCUUUAUUUUCUUCUUCCUCCUCUUCCUCCUCCUCCUCAUCCUCAUCCUCAUCCUCCUCCUCCUCGACGUCAAGAACUCAACCUCCCUUAAAUAAAGAAACUCACUCCCCUUACUAUCAAGGUUAUGAAUCGUACUAUUCUCCCAACUAUGCCCACUCUAGCCCUGGGGGUGCCAGUGGAGGCUCAGCGACUGUAGGUCAUUCCAUCAAAGUCAAGAAAGAGGUGGAUGAGGAAGGAGUGGAGGUGAGGGUCAAAGUUGAAGGUUCAGAUGAUAAGAAGACUGAAAUAAGCAGUGCCGGCCACCAUCCUUCAGUGAUACAGCAGCGGUCCCAAAUGUACAUGCAGCCUCUAUAUUACGGCCAAUACGCCUACAUGCCGCAGUAUGGGUACAGUGAUCAGGGAUACCACAGUCACAUGAUGAGUACAAAUCCAGGGUAUAGGCAGCAGUAUGAAAAAAUGUGUGAGGAGCAACAUAAACAGAGGCAAGAGCAGAACCGGGGCAAACAUACCAGCAGCGAUCCUGACAAAAAGCAAGAGCACAGCGUGAAAGAUCGAGAACGGGAGGAGUGGAAGCAGAAGGCUCCUGCCUCUGCCACCCUCUCUAAAGCACCCAGCUUGACAGACCUUGCAAAACCUGUGCCUAAUAAGCCCAAGGACUCAACGGACUCCAUAAAAUAUGGCAUGAUGGCAAAAACGGAUGAUGCCUCCAAGUUGCAGUCACAGCAGGCAGAAGGAUUAAAGAUGAAAUUAACUGAGGGGAGUCACCUUGGGAGGGAGUUGGGUGAAACAAAAUCUGGACUAGAGUCCAGCAAACACUCCGGAAUGGAUCCAGGACUAUGGUAUAGACAGCAAACUACAGAGAUAGAACCUGAUCCUAACUCACUUACUCAGUACUGCACUUCAUUACAUCUUAUGCCGAGACACGGCAGUGACUUUAAUUCUUCAUCACUAAGGGGAUUAUCAAGAUGCCAGCUAAUUCAUUCCUGGAGAGAGGAAUCUGAAAGCAGAUUGUGGUCUUACGUGUAUCCUAACAAAUACUCCGAGCAGCAAAAGGCAGAGGAGGAAAGGUGGAAAGAAGCAGAACGAGACCGGAAAUUUAAAGAUGAAAACUCAUCUCGAAUAAGAAGCAAAGAGAUAGCAGUGAAAGAAGAAGGUAAAGACAGCAUGUGCCUAGAGUCCCGUUCAGCUUCAUUGGAAGAAUGUCGAUCUGUUGGAAAAGAUCCCAGAUCAGGACUUCACAUUCCUGUGUCCUCCUCAAUGGUUCAGCACCCAUCCUACAUGUCGUAUGUUCAUGGCUAUCCUUAUGGAAAGCCAUAUGAAGCUCCUCACCCGGGAUUCCGAGGGGUGACGCCAGUGAUGAUGCAGAAUUAUCCAGGAUCAUACUUGUCUUCUGGAUUCUCUUUCUCGCCAUAUGCAAACAAGGUUCCAGGACACGAUGACGGCGAUCGGGCUCACGGGAGUCCUGGUGUGGGCAGCAAGUCAACCUCUGAAUCAAUGGCCCUGGAUAUCUUGCAGCAACAUGCCAGUCAGUACAAGAGCAGGUCACCAACAACAAGCGAGAAGCCGCCUCAUGAAAGGGAACGAGGAGAGCGAGAUAUCGAUAAGGACCGGCCCCGUUCUUCCCCAUCCCAGCGACAGAUUGCCUCACAUCACCAUCUUGGAAUGGGAUACCCAUUGCUUCCUGGGCAAUAUGACCUCCCGUAUGCAACAGGCCUCUCCUCCCCAGCCAUUGUUGCAAGCCAACAGGCUGCAGCACAAGCCUCAGUGUCCACACUGUUCCCACCAACCAGAAGGUGAGAAUGGGUUUGAGAGGGUGCGAUCGAUCUCUUUGUUCGAAGUCAUGUGACUGGAUCACGUGAGGAUGCUCAGCAUUUUUUUUAGACAUCAGUUCAAUGGUGUUCCUGGUUCCUGCCAUGAAGUCAGGCAGACUAUUGUAAUGUUUCUCCUGCAGACUCGGAUGUUUGUAUUGGAGACCUGAUGCCUAUUAUGUAUGUGUCUCGGAGGCAAUGAGCAGAAACAGCCUGCCUUUCUUAGUGUAAAUAUCUUGUAGAAUAUGUCCCACCCCUAAAUGAAAGAAGUUUCCAAUAUUGACUGUACAUUACUAUUGUUAAGUUCACUGCAUUAUAAGGAUGGAAGGGCACUGUAAAACUGGUCCCUACUUGAUAAUUCUCUCUUGCAUGCUGUCCAGUGGCCCAGCCUGGAAUGGACGUGGCUAACUUAUGUGACUGUCAUUGUUGAUACCCUGAACCAAGUGAGCAAGUUGUUUUUAAGUGAAUGGAGGGAGUCAUUGGGCAACAUUGGUGCUUUUAAUCUGCCUUCUCACCCCCUAGUACACGUUCUGACUGGGAGCCACCAGUGUGUCAAAUGAAAGUUUACGCUGUAACUCACAUUAGCAGCUGGCUCACUCCGAGUGGGGGCAUAGACUUUUCAUGUUAGUUUGACAUCGCAAUAGAUUUAACACUUCCUGAGCAGACCUUUGGACCUAUUGCAUAAUGCUACUGUCUGCCCAGAAGUUGACUUAAAUAUAUAGAUAGUGCAGACAAAGCUGGCCUCUCAGAAUGAAGGGUGAUAGUGCUGGGGAGUAUACCUUCCUUCAGGUACCCGGUGUUAGCACUAGGUCCAAUGGAGCAGAGUGGUUCCUACUCAAUCAGAAGGAUCCAGAUUUUCCAUUGUUCACAGCAGCAUUCCACACACCUUUUCCUUUCCAGCUUGUCUAGGAUUAUGGUCAGCUGCAACUCCAAACUCGAGCCAGACCUUCAUUCAGCCGAAGGGAAGUUUUGGAUCAUCAUUGUGGGCCCAGGUGCAUCCAAAUCCCUGACGUGAAUGGCCAAUGAACACGAUGCACCAGCCAGUCCUACUCGAAAUGUACCUCUACCCAACUGCGAAUGGUCUAUUCAUUAGACAAGGGGGUGGCGGUGGGGCUGGGGAAUUGUUGGAUCCAGACUGUGCACAGUGCUGAAAGGAGAAAAAAAUGGAUCCCAUUAUGCCCCUUCCCCUCCCUACACCCUCCCCCGUGCACCCACUUCCUGUGCACACACACUCUGAACACAGAUCACUGUCUCAAGCUCCAGGCACCAUGGGUGUUCCUAGCACUGAGGAUCUAAAAACCUGGCUCCUGAAGGCACUUAAGGGUAUACUUUCUUCCUUUGGAAACUUUUUAUUAAGUUAGUGCAAUAGCACCCAGAUCUUGCCUCAGUCAGUGAUAGAUGUAUCCCAGCUGUCAGGAACCAUUCACUCCCUUGUAAACAUAUUGCAUAUGAGGACAUGCUUACUGCACACAGAGGCAGAAUCAGUGUCCCGUGUCCUUAAGAAAUGUAAAUAGGAUAUUUUAUAAGUCGAGCACAGGACCAGAAAAUGACGUCAAGACUGUUCUUCUGCACUUAGGAUUAAAAUCAACAGCUCCAACUUGAGCCAGGUUCCCUAAAAACAAGGUGGGAGGUUUCUGGUCAUCGAUUUGGGCUGAGUUGGAUUCAUAUCCUAGAAGUGAAUGGCCAAUGAAACAUACCUGUAAACUACUUUGCUUCCCAUUCCCAUUUCCUGCCAAACUUGUCCACUCAGCAGAGCUGGCAACACCCUGUUGAUUCUGCAAGCGGAAAGUUUGAAGCUGGUGAUAAGGUUUUAGCCUUUAACUCACUCCCUUGUGUUCUGUCCCUGGACAGUUAUAAGUCCUGACAGAUAUUGGAUCUGAUUGAACUGGCUGACUCAUAAUGUCCUCCCCUCUCUGGUGAGAAUAUGAAUCGAUUCUAACCCUUGUGGAUGGCCAGCAGCCCUGUUAGUAAAGUGGUCCAACCCAGACUGUUCUUCUCUGUAACAUAUUGAUGAAUUCUGUCACCAAGUGUCAUCUUUUUGGUAAGUGAAUUGACCUGUGUUCUCAGAGAAAGGGAGGGACACCUGAGGCCAGCUCAUUAUAACUGCAGGAUUGUCUCCACUUCAGUUGUCUUUUACCCAGUUUGGGAAUAUUGUAUAUUCGUGCCUGAAUGGGCUUCUUUCCAAAUUCUCCAGCGUACAGUUACUGUGCAACAACCAGGUUAAAUCAAUUUUCCUUCUGCACUAUUCCAAGAGCAACACUGAUGGACAGGUGAGACUCCAGUGAUGACUUUGAAUCACCAUGUGCACCUGUCCAAGCAGCGGCCUUGUGUCAGUGUUGCAUACGCAUGACAGACAGCACAAUCCACGUGCACUUCACCCGGGGCGCCAGCUUCGCAGGCCAUUUGGAGGGGUCUGACCUUUGGCCAUAGAUUCCUAACAAAAAGUUUGGGGUGGAGGUAAGCUGUGUGGAAGUGCUGCCCAGCAUUUAAGGUUUUCCCAGAGUGUUGUCCUGAGAUUGGCCUCAGAUGUGCCCAGCCCAGUUCAGGCAUGGCUGUGGAAAUGAGGGAGUAUUCAAAGUUGCCUGGGCUGUGUUACACAGCAUAUAAAAAGGACAUGACAACUCAGUUUGUGUCAUCACUUGGUAACAGAGAGUUAAAUGUUCCACAAAGGUUAACAAACUGCAUUCGUGUUUUUAAAAAAACUGUGUUUUUACCCAUUAUUGGAUGGGUUCUUGGUGGUUCCACUCACUAUAACCCUUUCCUCAGCCUUGGCUUUCCUACCACCUUCAUUUACUGACUCUGAGGCACCCGCCCAGCUCUCUCCCAAGACCCCCCCCCUUCCCUCCAACAGUACACAUUCCCCCACUCCUCGUUCUGAACCUCUUUACUGUUGCUAGGUGCUGUUUGCUGUAAAUACUGUACAGAGAAACUACUGUAAAAUGUUUAGUUUUUUUUAAAUGAAAGAUGUCUGAGAUUCUAGUUUCUAGAGUUUUUUUUGUUUGUGGGUGAAUUUGUUUCCAAAAUCCUAAUGAUGUGAUACUUACUUUUCUUGAACACUGCUGUUAGGUACUGGUGAAUCCAACAGUCCCCCCUUGGAAUGACUCGCUUCAGUGCUGUAUUGGGAUUAAAGACCUGAUCAUUUGAGAGUGCCUGAUUGUGACCUCGUCACACCUCUUGUACAAAACACGUGUGUGUGUGUUUGUGUGUGUGUGUGUGCGCGCGCGCGUGCCCCCCACUCUACCUUCCCCCCUCCACCUCCCCUCCCCUCCCCUCCCCCUUCCUCCCCCUCCCCUCCCCCCUUCCUCCCCCUCCCUCAGAGUUAAAUUCCCAAUCAUUCCAAGGAGAACACUCUGUUGUAUCUAUUGACUUACUUCCUGGGUUAUUUCUGGAAAUCAUAGCACCAGAACUUGGCUCCAUAUCCCACCCCUUUGGGCAAUCAGUGUGCUGUCUCUCACAGCUGAACAAAUCAGCGAUCGAGCCCUGCACUAUGGUUACAUCUCUCCACUGACUUGUUAACUAAUAAACAGUGGGAGAAACUGAGAGUGCCACUUCAAUUGGUCCCUCCUGAUCGUUGAUGUCUGCACCUUAUAUCUGUUUCCCCUCCUCAAUCAGUGACUUCUCCAUCUUAAGUUUGUCCCCAACUUUAAUCAGUGACCUCUCCACUUCUAUCUGCUCCCUCUCUAAACAGUGACCUCUUUGUCUUAAACCUGUCUCUAUUAACCUCUUGAUUUGUAACUUCACCUUAAAUCUAUUUCUCCUCCCCCUGUUCUCUCCCCCCCCCCCCAUCGGGGACCUCUCCACCUUAAGUAGGUUUUCUGAUUCAUGACCUCUUCACCUUAAACCUAUCCUGUCCUUCAGAUCAGUGAUCUCUCCACUUUAAAUCUGUCCCCAAUCAGUGAUCUCUCCAUUUUAAAUCUGUCCCAGAUCAUGACCUCUCCACCUUAAAUCUCUCUUCCCAAUCAGUGACCUCUCAACCUUAAACCCGCACCCCCACCCACCCCCAAUCAGUGACCUCUCCACCUUAACUCUGCCUCACCCCUGUAGCGGACCUUGGCUGUUAGGUGCCGUUGCUUUCCCAGGGCAGUGGACUGUUGCUGAAACACUCGGGGCGGGUAGACGCGGGCUGGGUGUGUGGCACCCCUCAGACUUGGAGCUUUGUGUUACAGGAUGAAUGCAGAGGGUGUGAUAGGUACAAGACCGCCAAUUACCCAGCACCUUUGUGCACUCUUGAGAAUUGGGUCACUUGGAUGGAGCAUUCCUGUCUAGUCAGCACCUUUCUGUGGGUGGGAGAGCACACGUUUCACUUUCCAGCAGGCCUACCUGUCCCUAGGAUUCACAGGGCAGGCAGUUGGACCCCUCUGGUCCACCACACAAUGGCACAAGUCUCCCAUCCAGCAUUUAGUAACAUUUUCAAUAGAAAAGAGAACCCUGGCAAGCAGCUGGAUUCAGACUCUCUGAAUAAUCUGAGCUUUAAAGAAAUUUUACUGAAAGCCCUUCAGCAUUCCCUGCCACAAAGCAACACAGACUGGGACCCCAGAGAUGGCCAACGGCUGACAUCUGAAUCUCACUGUAUGCCUUUUAAAUGUGUAAUGGGCCAUUUGCUCUCUGCCCAGUGUGCAUAGGAACUGAGUCUGUUGGCAAUUACCAAGCCUGGCCUGUUGGUGACCCGAUGGCAUUAAAGAGCAGACUGAUCGCCCAGCCUAUUGUGGAGCAGGUCCAUCGAUAAUGUUCUGACUUCAUCGCUCACUUUGCCAAUCAGUCAGUUCCUUCAGGUACAGGACCUCGGCUGUUUCUCGCUGGGGGUCUGGGUCCUAGCAGAGAGGCAGCACCUGCUCCUGCUGGUGUUUCUUGCCUCCCUACCUGCUCUGUCUCCAUCCUUCACAGGUCGCCAAGGCACCCUGACCUACUCAGUCACCGCAGACAGGAAGGCUGGCUGUUUGUAUUCUCUCACUUGUCCCGGAGAGAUGUAUAGUUUCCAGAACCCAUUCCCUUCCUGCCCCCCCCCCCCGUGAAUGUAGCUGUGCGUCAGACUGACGAAGCCUCACGGUACUUGAAGUGUAGACGUUUACAACAUAUUAUUUUUGUUGCUGCGUUGGAUUGGUUUCUUGAUAAGUGAAAUGGAAGCUCUUACUGGUGUAUCUCAUGUAAAGUGUAUAUUAAGGAGUUCUUUUUUUAUACAGUACUGUACCUUGCCUUGUGCAUUUAGGCAAAAAAAAAGUAAUAAAUCUUUUUAUG